AGGUCAAGGCGUGACCCCAUUGUUUUCCCCAAAAACUUCCCCAAGUAUACAAUUUGCGACAAAUUUUUACGUAGUAUCACUGGUAGUUUGACCAACAUACGUAGCAGAAGAUAUCAAUAUCUCUCUUCCAGUUCCACUGUUGUAUACGACCUCUACUUAAAGCGACAUGUCGGUAGUUGCCAUAUUUAUUGAUGUGACCACGCGACGACCCUCUUGCCUCAGCUGGGGCAAUGGUCCGGGAGCAGGUCAACAUGAUGUAAUAUCUUCACCUGUGGCAUGCUAAGAAAGUAGAAAGACCACGUAAUGUUUAGCACAGACAAAAGCAAAAAAUGCAAAUAAAUCAACCUUGAAAAAACAAAACAAGAGUAGCCGCUGGUAUACAGCGAGGCUAUCGGUGACGAGCAUCUACUUUGACACAGCUCUUCUACUACAAGUAGUGGUGGUCCAGGUGGACCACAAUAUCGGAUCCCGCCAUGUUUUCCAUUUUUGGGAAAGCGUCAACAGCCUCAUCUUCGAACAGUGGUGCUGCAACGACUCAGGUAGUAGACCACGGGGGAGCCAGCACGACGGGCGCCGAUCAUACGAACGCAACCGGCGAUGCAAAAAAUGCGGUACAACAAGCUGUAGUUGCGCCUACUUCCUCUCUGGUGAAUCCAACUGGCGCCGCAGGACCAGGAGGCCCUGGCGUAGCAGCUCAACACCAGCAGCAUCAAUCGGGCGGUCAACAAGGGUUAUCUUCGUCUUCCACCCGUCCGCCCUUGCCGUCCAUCCAGGACGACUACAAUCUGAGCAUUUGCAAGGCCGCCGCCACCUUCCCCGACGAUGUGGCGGCUUUCGCGAAGGAGCUGGAGGAGCGAAUAGGCGCGGAGAACCAAAACGUGUUGCAACAUCUGACGAAGCAUGAUCUGUACCGGUUCAUACGAGCGCGAAAGGGCAACCUGGAGCUCGCGCUGGAAAUGCUCCGGGAUCACGUGGCCUGGAGGCAAAGGGUGCUGGAGCAUGGUGCCGCUUCUACUUCGAAUGUCGGGGGUACUAGUAGUACGUCGGCGCAGAGUCAGAGUGGUGGUGCUGCUACUACUUUCAACACAGGAGUAGAGCCGCCUCCUGUGAAGAUGAAAACACCAGCUAUCGAUCCGAAGCAGGUGCUCGACCAAGCACUGAAUUGCACCCAGGAACAGCGGUUGAUCUCGGACUCGCAGGAAAGCAGCAUGAAGAAUUGCUACGCGUUCGGGUGGUGUGGCCGCGACCGCGACGGCCGGCCGGUGUACGUGGAGCGGUUAGGGGGGAUUGUCUCCAAGGAAGUGGAGAAGAUUUUCGACAUUGAUCGGAUCGAGCUGAUGCUUUACGUCCAGCAGGAACACACCCGGCGGUACAAGUAUCUAGCGGUGUCCCGGUUGAACGUAAUGGAGGCACAGAAGGUGCGGGACGAAAUCGGAGCCAGUGGCGUUGCGGACCUGAUAAACAACGCUAAUUCAGAUAGUGUCGUGGUCACCACCCGGACUAAAACCCGAAGCAAAGACAAAAACAAACCACAGCACUAUCCCCCUAGCACUACUAAUACCUCCCAACAAGGCGGGGACGCAGCUGCAGCAGCAGCAGCAGCCACAGGGGUGGCAAACGGAAACAGUUCUGCCACGACGAUAUUAAAGACGCCCGCCGCGGGCCUCCUCCAGGAGCGAAGGGAGUUGUUGAUUUACCAGAACACCGUGUUGCUCGAUUUGCGUGGCGGAGCGGUUCGGUCCAUCAUGUGGUCUUCUGUGACGCGGAAGAUGAUCCAGCUGCUUGCGCGCGUCAACAGCCACAACUACCCCGAGUCCUGCGCCAAGAUCCUCGUGGUCGGCGCCCCCUGGGGGUUCGAGACGUUUUUCGAAAAAAUCGUGAAGCGGUUUUUGGAUCCCAAAGUCGCGGAAAAAGUGGUUCUGAAAGCGAAACUGCAGGACAUCUACCCCUACAUCGAACCCGCGCAGCUGCCGGACUGGAUGGGCGGCGACGUGCCGUUGGACCGGGUUUUGAACGACUGGCACCCGGAUCACGCGUGGAACGACCAGGAGUUCCUUCAAUCCGUGGCCGGGAAGCAAAACAGCCAGCGGCUGUGGGAGAACUUGCAACUUUUACAAGACGACUAUCAAAAGGAAAAAUCCCCCCCCAUACAGAACAGGUAUGUUUCUAAAAAUUUGUGAUGCAGAUUUGUGACCACAAAUACUUCACUUCACUUCACUCCUGUCUCUCUUGCCAGAGGGCAAACGCAGAGACUCCGCCACGACAUGCAGGCGAUCUGUAAUGCUGCAAGGCCUAUAGGGCAGACGUCUGCCAUGCUAGGCCCCUACACCAAGAGGCCCCCCCUUAGGCUUACGAUCUGCGUGCAGUCCUUUACUGCAAGACAAAUGUGACUUGUGUACUCAAAUACAGCAACACAAAUUUUUUCGUUUUCGAUAUGGGGAGGGGGGAUUUUUCAUUUUGAUAACGACGUGUACGGACAAAGCAGCGGCGGCGGCGUUCCUGGAACGAUAGCCACGAACACAGCAGCAGCAGCAGGAGCGUCGAUAACUAGUACAACUUCCGGGAAUACUACAACAUGGCCAGCUUCCACCCUGCUGACUGAUCCGUUUCAUUCCCUGGAGGCCAAAAUCCAGAUACCGACGAUCUUGCAGGGCGGCACCUCCAUCGUGCCGAGUCCGAAAUCCUUGAACCCAAAAUCGUUCAACAAACUGUUCUCUCGGUCUCGGUCUAGCAGCAAGCAGAACGAGAAGGAAAAUGUUAAAUCGCAACUACAAACGGAAACAGAUCAACAUGUCGAUUGGUUCGUUUCUUCGCCGACCGCUAAUCGUGCGAGCGGGAGCGCGAAGGAGUAUUACAAAGUCGAUUUCGCCGCGCCGCCGAGCAGUGGAGGCGUCGAUCUUCCUGUAGUUGUUCGAGCAGAGGGCGAAUCGGUACUAUCCCCAGAACAAGUUGUAGUCCCGCCGGGCAGCCCGGCGGACUCUAUUUUUGACAUCAAAGUCGUGCGGCAAACCUCUUCCUCCACGACUGGCGGCCUGGAAAACGGGAGCUCCCCGCGAAACAAUUUCACCGACAUUGACCGCACGUUGAGUGACAACAAUUCCUUCUCUACCUCCGCACACUUGAAGGGCAGCACGUCCAGCCUGGCCACCUCCGCGUCGACUACCAACAGCACGAACGCAUUAACUACGGCUUCACAGCAGUUGGGCACCAGCGGUGCUACAACGACUACGGGUAACGUGAUAAUAGAAGGGAUAGAGCAGGACGAGAGCGCCGGGGAUUUGUGUACAACUUCUGCGGGGUUUUUUGGUAGAAGAAGAGAUAGCUCAAGCUCCUCAUCUUUUCAACUCUGUUCAGUCGACCUGUUCACAAAUCCCUUUCUGGCCACGUGCGGUAAAAACGAGAGCACCCGCGCGGCUGUUGCUAGUGCCGCGACAACAGCAACUGAAGACUCGGAUCGCAGCGCUAGUGCCGUUGCUAGUAGGUCGUAGCAUAAAUGGCAGGACCACAGUAGUACUGUCGCGAAUUCUAUUCCACAUGGAUAGGAAAUCACUUCCACAUCUUCAUACUAAAAACUUACCGGGAUAAGUAUCUCUUUUGUAUACCAUUUUCAUCUUGUUCGGCACCAAUCAUCUGGGAAUAAAGGAAAAGAAUUAUAAAUAUAGAUACGUAAACAUCGACAUCGUUUCUUAUUCUUUGUCUGCCGCCUGAGCAAUACUUGCGCCAUGAUGUUGAGGUAAGAACGAAAGCCUCGUCAAACAGAGCGCCAGGUAGUACUUACUUAUUACUCAGCCCAUACU